AUAGUUAAAAAUAUUUAUUUUAUUUACUGAGACAAAAAAGAAGAAAACUGUCAGUCCAAUUUGAAGGAAGACUGUGGAAAAGUGUUUAUUAACACUAAAAAGCAUAGUCUGCCUUUUCCUUUGAAUUUCUUGAUGGCACUGUGCAAGUGCAAGGUUACCAGUUAUACCUCUGGUUUCACAUACAAGGCCUAAGCCUGGUCUCAGACUAAAAUGCAUGUCUGGGCUGUUUUAACUGAAAAAAACUUGCAUUGAUUGAUUGAAAAAUAUGUCAGUGCCCUUCUUUUGUCUCGAGAUGCACACGAGUAAUAUUAUUUUCUAAGGCACGUUUAUAAAUGAUACUUAAAUGUCCUAAUUGAACUAUCCUGGCUUAACCUAAACCCUGUCUGUAAAACCAGGUCUUAAAGUGCUGAUAAUAUCUGAAAAUAAUUUCUUUAUAUAGGCUAACUAAGCUAUAGCAGAAUAACUGAAGAAAUGAUUUUCCGCAUAAAAACAGCUACCUGUUACAGCCAAGCAGAAGUGUAUUUUUGUAAUGUUUUUAUUUUUUAUUUUUUAUUUUGUGGAAAAUUCAUAUAGCCUAAUUUGUGUGUAGGCUAUAUUGAGCUAGGAUGGCUUAAGUGUGAUGGAUUUGUAAGUUGACAUUUGUCACAAAUUUAAGCUCAAGUUCUGUUGUAGACCCCUUUUUAAAAGAUAGACACCAUGUUACAUCGUGGUUUCACAUUAUCUGUUUACUUUUUUACUCUAAAGCUCAUUUUGUAAUUUUUUUAUUUAUUGUAUAAUCAUCAUUCUUUUAACUCAUCAUACAUUGUGUUUUCUGAGAACAUGACAACUUUUUAAUCUUUGUCAUUUUUCUUAUACUAUAGGCUAUGUAUAGGAAACUAAUUCAUUUAUCUAACAUGUUAAAGCGUUUGUCAGAACAUUUGUUUUUCCGAAGGCCUAUGUUUUUCACAUGUGCUUCCAAUUAAGUACAGUUCAUGUCAGUGUUUAUGUGCCUACGAGGACCACGCGGAAGAGGGCGACAGUUCUUCAAAGGGCACAGCACCAAAGCGUUUAUUACCGGGACUUACACUAUCAGCACAUGGGCAAAUUCCGCACAGAAUAACAGAUUACUCCACAUGGCAUAAACAUCUCUUCACGUUCAUGAGUAGCCAACUUUAAAGCAAGCCUCCUGACACGCGUUAUAGGAUGUUAAUAUAUAAAAAAGCAGGCAUCAGAGGUGCUUGGAUACGGUGGUUCAUAUGCACCCUUCUCUCACUUCUUCAUGGAGUAAUAUCUGAAACCAGUAGAGCAUUGGAUAUUAUGACAAAAUAUCCACUGAUUGAUGGACACAAUGACCUGGCAUUACGUCUGAGAAUGCACCAUAAUAACAAACUGAGCACUUUCAAUAUGUACAACAAUCCUAAGGUUGCUACAGAUAUUAGUCGCCUCAUUGCUGGCCAUGUUGGAGGACAGGUUUUUGCGGCAUACGUGCUGUGCACGGCUCAGGACAAAGACGCUGUCAGACUGACCUUGGAACAGAUUGAUGUAAUUCGUCGUAUGUGUACUGAAAACCCAGAGAUGGAACUGGUCACCACAGCUGAAGGAAUGAAGAAUAGUACAAAAAUCGCAUGUCUAAUCAGUAUAGAGGGAGGCCACUCUAUCGACAGCAGUUUAGCAGCACUACGCAUGUUCUACCAGCUUGGAGUAAGAUCCAUGGCCCUCACACACAACUGCAACACCCCAUGGGCUGAGAGCUCAUCUAGUUAUUACACUUACUACCAGCAGAAGAAUAACAGCCUGACAGAAUUUGGCAAGGCAGUGGUGAAUGAGAUGAACAGGUUGGGAAUGCUGGUUGAUCUGUCCCAUAGCUCAUGGGAGACAGCCAGAGCUGUGCUGAAACAUUCUACUGCUCCGGUUAUUUUCACCCACUCUGCAGCCUAUGCUAUCUGUAACAAUAUUCGCAAUGUACCUGACGACCAGCUGCUUCUGCUGAAAGAAAAUGGCGGGCUCAUCAUGGUGAACUUCUACAGCAGUUUUGUAGCAUGUUCAAAUAACACAAACAUGUCUGUUGUGGCUGAUCAUUUUGAUCAUCUAAAGCGGGUGAUUGGAGCUGAAAGCAUCGGGAUAGGAGCAGACUUUGAUGGGGCAAUAGGAUUCCCUAAAGGCCUGGAGGACGUCUCCAAAUAUCCAGCACUAAUUGAGGAGCUGAUAUCAAGGAACUGGACUGAGGAAGAGCUGGCGGGAGUGCUAAGACUGAACUUCCUCAGAGUUUUCCGAAAGGUUGAGAAGGUACGUGAUGAUAUGCUGCACAUUUUACCCAGUGAAGCUGAAAUCUCACUUUCGGAAGUAAACAAGAGCUGUCGUACAAUGCUUGUCCAUCCAGGCAGGCCUGAAAGGAGCCAUCAAAAUGGGAAUGCUCCAUUGAUGCCUGUGAAAGCUUUAAUCUGCUUCAUAUUACUUCUGAUACAGUUACAGUAAUCUAACAGUGAAUCGUCCAGAUAAAAUAUACAAAUGAAAUGUUUACCACAGACUGCUUAGCCAACACUUGAUUUAAAAUCACAACAAGACCAGGAGCACAUUUGGAUUACAUUCGCCGACUGAAACUGACACAUUUAGGUCUUUGACAAUUUUGGAAACUGUUAUGUUUGGUAACGGUUCAUGAAGACCAUACUUUACAACUGUUUCUUAAUAUGUAUGGCUAGUGUAGAUAUCACAUGAGAUAACAAAAUGAGGUAACACAGCACUGUUGCGUUAUCUUGUACUUUCUUAACAUAUCAGUAAGAAGCAUCUUGUUUCUUUCAGUCUGUCUGGUGUUUCCCUUUUGCAGAAGUAGAUAUAUAUAUAAUGUUGAAUACAAAAAUAUUGUUCAUUCAUUAAAUGUAUGUUGAAAUGAAUGAAUGUAUUAUUAAAUUAUUUCUUUCCAAACACAUUUCUCAAAUACUCCUGUCACCUCUUCCACCAUGCCCUGCGGCUCACCGUUUGGACUAACAAGCAGUCCUACCUCAAGCUCUGUUGAACUGCUCAAAUGUAAAGAUUAAGCUUUUGGUAGCACCAGAGAGUCACAGUGUAUACUUACAUUUAUCUGCAGAUGACACAGUCUUUUGAUAAUACUGUAUUAAUUUAUUAUAGAAGGAAAAAAUACGCAUCAACUUAACAAUGCAAUACCACCUGUUUUUUUCUAGCUUCUUUUUUGUUAAUCCAUGAGGUGUGCAGUUAGAGGUUGUCUUCUCUGAGACAAAAAUAAGAUCAUAUAAUACAUGUAGCGUGUUCUGGAGUUCAUAGAGCACUUUAUUUGAACUUUUUUCAUAAUCUUAGUUUUAAAAUAAAUUUUUAUUAAUACUAUACAUAAAAGUAAACUGCAUAUUUCAUUAAGUGUUUAAUCUCUCUUUGACAUGAAACACUGUACAGAUGUAACACUUUACAACCAGUAACAGAUCAUCACCUUUAUAUAUCAGAUAUAAUUGUUUUCAGUCAAUAUAGUUUUCCAUAUUUUCUUCUAUUUGUAUAACAAAUGUAUGUAACAAAUGUCUGUACACUAAUCAUGCCCUAAAAAAAAAAAGAAUAAAGACUAUCGGUAUCC